CUCUUCUUAGACACUUUAUCGGUAUGCAAUCGAUACGCUCGAUUCGCAUAACUCAUAUCUCUUGAUUAUUUUAGCCUGAUGCUUGUUUCAACAAGCUUCCAGGCCAUUUCUCAGAGGCGACUUAGCCUCAUUGUCCUCGUACCGGACUGCGGCAUCUUCAUCAACCCCGAAGGCCGAGCGUAUGGAGACAGUUCGAGUUCGUUCCCACUCGCCUAGACUAUACCAAUGGAGGGGCCUCGGUGCGAGUCAAAGAGGCCUCGAGGCCGACAGAGUUGUGAUCUGUGCCGGAAGAUGAAAAUACGUUGCGAUCGUCAAAAUGACCUACCAUGCUCGAGCUGCAGAGCUCGUGGAUUGGCAUGUGUAGUCACAGCUGUGCCCAGGAGGACUAAAGAGAAGAGGGCCCAAUUCCUUCACUCUAUCGAAGGUCGUAUCGAGAGAAUGGAGGCUCUUCUCCAGUCUGGUCUGGCAACCAAGGCAGGCUUGCCAAUUGCCGAUCAAGAGGCGGAUCCUACGCCAGAAGCCACCAUCACAGCCCUUGAGAAAGAUAUGUCGAAUCUGGUUCUCAAUGAUGCUGGGGAGCAAAAGUAUAUCGGGCCUUCGUCCGGGUUCAGCUUGUUCUCACCGCGGUCACUAGCUUGGAUGAGCCAUAAGCUAGGUUCUCCACGAAUGUUGAAUCUAUUCACACGUUUGCAUCGACAAGGAUUUAUUUGGCCAACAGCCCGGUUCGAGGGGAAGUGGGAUGGACAAUUCAGGCGGUCCCCUUUACCAUCAAAACAGGCUGCUGUGUACCUCGUGGAUCGAUUCUUCUCAACCUUCAACAAAAGCUAUCCCCUUUUUCGCCGGGAUACCUUUCAAGCCCUAUUUGACCGCCAAUAUGCGGAUGAAAACGCCCGGGAAGGAUCCUCUUUUGCUGCUCUGAAUAUUGUUCUUGCCGUAGGGUGCUGCAUUGCACCAGAAUCACUCCGAGAGAAUAUUCAGAGGGUGGAGCCUUCGUGCACCGAUAAUCUGACGCAGAUGUCCUGGAAGCUCUUUCAGAAUGCGUAUUCGAUGUUUUUCAACAUACUGUUCCUCCAAUUCGAUCUUCUAUCCGUGCAAACAUUGAUCGCAAUGGCCUUCUUUAUGCAAGCCACGGUGAAUCCUGAAGGUUCUUUCUUGUUAAUCGGGACUGCGGCUCGUAUUGCUACGUCUCUCGGUCUCCAUAGGAAGCUGGAAGGGUUCGGCCUUGAGCAAGUGGAAUUGGAACAGCGACAGCGAGUCUUUUGGGUGAUGUAUAUCUUUGAAAAAGACCUCUGCGUCCGAACUGGCAGACCUUCUGCUAUCGAUGACUGUGACGUAGGCAUCAGCAUCCUGACCGAGCCUUGCGACGAGGAGAUUGCUAUCUCGGUCGGGACUCGCGAGCGAGUCACUUUCUACCCAUUUCAACACAUGUGCGCCAUUGCUGUAAUCCAGAGCAAAGUUUAUCGAGAGCUGUAUGCUGUCCAUUCACGAGUCGGCACGACCGCCGAGAGGCUCGAGUCAAUAAGCAAACUUGACGCCGAGCUCCAACAUUGGAAAGAGCAGAUACCAGUAGAUGCCAGACCCGAGCAUCCUAUUGUCUGCGAAAGGGACAGUCAAUUCGCCAUUGCUAUUCUCCAUUUUAACUACUACCACUGCUUGAUAGCCAUUCACCGUAUUCAUGCACAGCACGAGCUAUGGGUUGCCCAACAGGCAGAAGUUGAAAGCACCGAUAAGAACACCCCCGAGUCUUAUCUGUUCUCGGACCGGGAGGAGUCGAGGUCACAACAGCAAUCGUCGUAUGAAUUGUGUCUGGCGGCGGCAAGGUCCAUUCUCUAUCUCGCAGCGGCCUACCUCGAUGGCAGUCAUAUGCAGCACAAACUCCUCUGGAUUUCGACUUAUUUUCCACUUUCGGCAUUUCUGACUUUAUUCACGAAUAUUCUCCAGCGUCCGCUGAGUGAAAAGGCCGAAUCUGACCUUGUCAUCAUGGUCAACUCUUACGAUCGUCUGAGAAACAUAUUCACCAAGGAAGAUGAAAUGCUUUACCAAUUCGUGGCGGCCCUUGUCGGCGAGACGGUGAGUUCGGCGGAGCAGUACAUCCGGGAUGCUCGUGCUCGGGAAGCGGCAAAUGCAGUUCAGGCGACGAUCGCCGAGCAGUCCGGAACGACGUCGAACCCUUUGGACGGAGGUAUUAAUCGAAGUCUAGAUGAUUUGAAUUACCCGGCUCAACCUGGACUCAGCGCGCCUGCAUUUGACCCGGUUUAUGAUAUGAAUACCUUCAACCCGAUGACAGAUCAGGGCAGCUUUAUGGGUGGUACCUUUACGGGUCAAGGUGAUCUCCCCAGCUCGUACGUGGCGGGAUUCGACUCGGAUGAGUUUUCGGCACCUUUUUUUGCAAACCUACCUCAAUUCGAGUCGACUGGGAUGGUGGGAUUGGAUACUCCAUUUCCUUUCACAGAGUAUGGAGGUUGGAGUUGGACUCCAGAUCAAUGAACAAGCGACAUGAUGGACAGUUGUAUGAAUUGAUAUAUACGGGUUUGGUGGUUGAUAUCGCCAAUGGGUGUGAAAAUAAGGUUGAACAGGAAUCGCAGAAACCUCUCGAGGUGAUUUACCUUGAAGCUACAAGCACGAAUAGUGUACAAUACGCACUCGGAUUCUCCCCUCACCACCAAGAUAUAAGGUCCACCUUGCCUUCCCUUGCCUUUCUAGAUAUCAAGUGUCUACUCUGCAGGUGUCUAAAGAAUUUGGACCUUCAGACUCG